UUGCAAGCCAAAGCUCCGCAUCUGGCUCCAAAGAAAACCACUUCACCCCCAAAAAUCUGUGCUCGCCGCAAACUCUGUUCAGUUUUUAACCGACUUUCGUGCAAUAUCCACGCGUUACGGCCAUCCGUCUCUUUACUCAGAUUCCCAAAGCGAAGCGGCGCGUAUACAUACACAAACAAAACAAAAGCAAGAAACCCCCAGGUGUGGAAUUAUGUGUUAGAGCAAAACAAAUACGGAAAUACGCAUAGCUCUCGUUGACAUUUUUUCGGCCAGAUUGAAAAAAGUAUCAAAAUCAAUAUAAAAAAACACCUUUCCUCUUACCCCGCGAAUGUGUGAGUGAGAUAGAUAGAAACAACAGCAUCUCAACGCGCAGCAUCCGUAAGAGAAAAUUGCAGCACAAAAAGCCGGACUAGUGCAUCCGUAGUGCCACUGGAAACUGGAACGAGCCUUUGUGUAUAGCCGUGAGAUAUAUUUUGAAGUCCAAUCUUAAUCCCUUCGAGGUUCCGCUGUCUUACUGUUUAACCGUUGCGGGGCUGUGCACAUUCUCACAUAUACUUGCUAAGUACACCAAAUAGAGACUAAAAGAACAAUCGAGGGGCAACAUAAUGGUGGAGUUCCGCUUCGAUAUCAAGCCGCUGUUUCCGCAGCCAAUUAUCAAGGUGACAUCGAACCUUCUGCCGCACACCUUUCGCGGCGAUCGGCGUCAGUGUUUAGAUGCCACCACCAAGAUGUCGGAAAUCAUCGAUCGGCUGGGCCAGCUCUCGGCCACCUCGCAGGGUCUUAGCAAGCCGGUGACUACGGCCCAGCGGCUGAGAAUGUCCGAUAACCAGACCAUCUAUCUGCUGGCAGAUAGUGAGGCGGGUCAGAACGGUGCCGUAACGGGUCUGUUAAAGGUGGGCACUAAGGAUCUUUAUCUGUUUGAUGAGUCCGGUCAGACGCGCAAGGUGGAGCAGGCUCCAUCCAUUUUGGAUUUCUAUGUGCAUGAGUCGCGUCAACGUGCCGGCUUGGGAAAACGGCUAUUCCAGACGAUGCUUAACGAAGAGCAGUGGACGCCACUCAAAUGCUCGGUGGACAGGCCAUCAGAAAAGCUACUCGGUUUUCUGAGAAAACAUUACGGAUUACAGCGUAUCAUUCCGCAGGCAAAUAAUUUUGUACUCUAUGAGGGAUUCUUCAAUGAUGCGGCCUCUGCAAAUGGACACGGUAACGCCCAUGGAAACGCCCAAUCGCCGCAGCGGACAGAGAAUGGCCUGCACAUAACAAACAGUCCUAACACACAGCUCUUUGGUGCUACUUACCUGGGCGAGGAUUCUAACCGUCGGCGUGGUUCCCAACAGCAGACAACACCGAAUGUGCUGCUCCAGCAGAUAACACAGAUCUCUCCGUCCGGACGAUAUGGGGCUCCACGUCCCACCUGCAGCAUGGCAGAGAUAAUUCAUGCUGGCAAUUCGAAGGGCGGAAAAGGCAAUGGCAGUGCAGAAUCGAACAGUGGCAAUGGUAACCACGAUUUUUCAGAGAUUUCCGAGCAAUUGCAGCGGCAGAGUUUGGACGACUUGGAGGCCAAUAGCUUUGAGCCUGAGCCUGAAAUUGAGCCAGAGGUCGAACCAGAACCUGAACCCGAACCGGAGGUGAUUACUCCCCCAUCACCGCCGCCAAAGAGUCAUACCCCUACUCCUCCAUCUGUACGAUCCCCUGAGGUGGCCGAGAGUAUUGUUGGUGACAACCGGAGACCUCCGGCCUUCCAGCUUAGCAAGCAGCACACGGGCAUGAAAAAUCGCUCGUUUGGCGUCGGAAUGGCCGUAAUGCCCAGCAGUAAGAUGGAGUUCAAUCAGUUGGAGCGCGAAGAUUUUGGUGUAGUCAAGAUCAACCGUCCGCCCGGCCAUGAGGUUACCUCGCCGGGACAGGACAACACGGAUGCCAUGUCCACUGUAUCCUCCGGCGGCGGUGGCCUCACCGAUCAGGGCUACUACGAUCUCAAGUUUUAUCACAACAAAUUGUGGUAAUCCACAAAAACCACGCAAUAUUUGCUAGCAUCUUUUGUACGUGUGGCAUAAGCAUAAUUAACAAAAUUAAUCUAGACACUAAGAAUGUAUUAUCUAAUCAAAAUAACACACCAAACGGUUCCUGUACUUCAGUUCGAUUUCGUUGUGAGCUUCUUCUCAUAUUUUUGUUGAUUUGUUCAUUUGUUACAAGCCACGCACUCCGAAGAGCAUCCGUAACCUAGAGCGUCACGAAUUAUUGUUAACAAUAGCAAAUUGAAAUGUACGUAGAGUAAUUAUCGUCGGUACUAAGCUAGAUAAUUUCAAAACAUAUUCGAUUUUCGGAUUAAUACAAUUUUUUAUUAUUGAUUUUGCUUUGUACCAUGGAAUCUCAAAACCCCUUAAUGUAAUCCAACCCGUGUGUAUCUUCCAAUUACAGAAAACGCGAAUAUUUCGAACAAAUCUAUGAAGAGUACAUGCUAUAGGGACAGCGCCCGUUGGCCAGAACCCAACUUGAUAACUAUACUCAACAUUUCUCAAACAUUGUCUAACAUUUAGUUGAUAGAACACAAACCCCCAAAAUGCAAAUAGAUUAAAGAUGAAGAUAUACAAAUAAAGCACAAGUUUUGUCGACUCUA